ACACAUAGACACACAGAACGAGAGGGGGAGAGAGGGAGAGACAUCUGAACAAAUAAGGUGAUACUGCCGUAUGACUUAUUCAGUCAAUUGGAUAUGAUUAGGAUAUUGAAUAUCACGGUACAUUGCCACUGGAUAAAUAACAUCCUAAAUAGGGUUCAGCAGACAGCAGAGAAGCUGCCCCAGCUAGCUCCCCGAAACGGUGACCACGCCCCCUACACACCGGAGCACCGGGCUGCUGCACGGAGCGGGGCUGUUGAUACCACAGCUGUGAUCACACGCCACAGAGACGGACUGACUGCACAGGCUCCACCACCAGCCACUCUCACGACACACCAAGCCACCACUUGCUGUAGUGCAAUUCUCAGGAUCAGGUUUAGGAUGGCUGUGGACCAGUCUUUGGGGAUACAGUAACUGCUGUGUGAUUGGCGGUUUGUCUGAUACACCAGAGAGAAACAAGAUAAGGAGAAGAACAUACUAGAGGAACCUUGGAAAAUCUGGAGAACAUCCUGCUUUACACAGAGACCAUGAUAACGCUAACAGAAUGCUAACUGAAACCUAACGGAAUGCUGAGUGAGGUCAUGUAGCUGCCCUCUGACACCCUUGCAUCACCACGGCUUUUCUAAUUGGCUGGUUUGGAGAGCGACGGACCAAUGGAGAAGAGUGCUGAGGAGCUGAACCUCUCGUUCCUGCUGGAGCAUGAGCGAGAGAUGAUCCUCGGAGUCCUGCAGAAGGACGAGAAACUGAGGAAACUAGAGGAGAAGAGGAUACGGAAGCUGAAGAAUGAGCUGGUGGAGAUCAGGCGUAAGGGUUCGCGGCGCCCCCAAGAGGUUGGGGAGCGUCAAUGCGCCCGUUGCCUGAAGGGCCUGGGCCUGAUUUUCGACCGCGGGGAGCUCUGUGAGCAGUGUCUACAGCGUGUCUGCAGCGACUGUCGCGUGAUGGCCCCUAAAGCAAAGCAUUGGAAGUGCUCCAUCUGUGCCAAAGUCUUGGAGCUGAAGGUGGUGACCGGGGAGUGGUUCCUAGAGGAGCGGUCCAAGCGGUUUGACAAGGGGACAGUGCUCAGCAGUGAUGUGGUCAAACAGUGUAUCAUGAGCAGCCCCGCAGAAAGCCCCCACAGGAAGUCCCCAGUGCCAGCUGACACACCUGAGAGGCCUGACACCCCAAAAUCAGGAAGAAGCGCCGUGAGGAACCUGGUGGAUGGUGCCAAGAGGAAAGGGAAAGGGAUGUUGAUGGAUAAGAAGGGCAGCCGUCCCAGCCUGAAGCCAGAGAACGGGAUGCAGGCUGGGAGUGUGUGUGCUCCUGUCCCCGACACAGACACACACAGCGUACGCAGUGCCCGGUCUGCACCACGCUCCACAACCCGCUCUGCGCCUCACUCACAUAGGGGUAGUGUUGUGGCUCUGGAGUCUUCAGGGAUACGUACCGUACCUAACAACCUGCGGUCCCAAACCCUGGAGAGGGACAGGUCCCCUACACCCAGCAGCAAGAGCAGGAGGGUCAGGCCGGACGGAGCGGAGAGCGUGGCUAGUUUCCGCUCCAGCGACAGCGUGUUUGACAAGAUGUCCGACACCAUCACCGGGCAUGGCCGGACAGGGUCUGAUACCGCCCCACCCACCAUUGCUGUCUCCAGGGCCUCCGUGUCAUCAGAUCGUAGUCGUUCUGAGGUGGACCUGUCUGUUCCUGGUUCUGCGAGUGAUGAGGCCCUCAGUCUGAGGAGCCGCUCUGUUCCUGGGCUCAAUGACACGGAGUUUGAUGAUAAAGACGAGGACAUCGAUGCUCUGAUGUCGGCACACAGCAAGGCCGCCAGCCGACGCAUGAGCUGCGCUGUGUCUACGUCUUCUACUCCCGGCUCAGAGAGAAAAUGGGGCUACCUCAGUGUUCCUGGCGACUCGGACGCAGAAACUAGCAGUCUGAACAGUAUGAUGAGUAUGUACAGUGAGACUGGUGACUAUGGCAACGCCAACGUGAGUGGCGAGCUGCUGUUGAACAUCAGCUACAGCUAUAAGACAGGCGCUCUUAACGUCCUGGUGAAGGAGUGUCGCAACCUGGCCACCGGCGAUGAGAAGAGGCAACGCACAGAUGCCUAUGUGAAGGCCUACCUCCUCCCAGACAAGUCUCGCCAGAGCAAGAGGAAGACCAGAAUCAAGACCAACACAAUCAACCCUGUAUUCAACGAGAACCUUAGGUAUGUGAUCAGCCACUCCCAGUUGGAGACACGAACGCUGGAGCUGUCUGUGUGGCACCAUGACCGCUUCGGACACAACAGCUUCCUGGGGGAGGUGGAGCUGACCUUUGACUCCUGGGAGUUUGACAGCAACACGGAGGAGUGGUACUCUCUGCAGCCCAAGCUGGACAGUAGUAUGGACUCCACGCUCCAGUAUAAAGGGGAGCUGACCGUGGUUCUGAAGUACAUCCCUGCAGAGAAGAACCUCAUGCUACCCCUGGACCAGGUCCAAGUGAAGAAAGGCUUUCUGAAAGGAAAGAAGACCAGCAUCAAGCUGCCUAAAGGAGGUAUGGUGGAACUGCUGGUCAAGGAGGCCAAGAACCUGACCUCUGUCAAGUCUGGAGGCACUUCAGACCCCUUUGUGAAAGGGUACCUGCUCCCUGACAACAGUAAGUCCACCAAGCACAAGACGGUGGUGGUGCGUCGCUCAGUCAACCCCCAGUGGAACCACACCUUCACCUACUGUGGCCUGCAGGCCGGAGACCUGAACAACGUGUGUCUGGAGCUCACCGUCUGGGACAAGGAGGCUCUGGCCAGCAACGUCUUCCUGGGGGGAGUCCGACUCAACGGAGGGACAGGCCAGAGCUAUGGGAACGAGGUGGACUGGAUGGACUCGUACGGAGAGGAACAGCGGCUAUGGCAACGCAUGAUUGACAACCCGGAGGUCCCCCAGGAGUGUACACUGAUGCUGAGAUCCAGCAUGUGCAAGCACAACACAUGAGAUGGAGGGAAAGAAGGACAAAGAAAGAAGGACAGAGAGGUGGCAGAAAAGAGAGAAACAGUGGAAGGAAAGAGGGGGAGAGAGAAAAAGAGAAGAAAAGAAAGAGAAGGACAUUGGUUGACAGUGCUCCAUGUCCAAGCUCAAUCCCGCAAUACAGAGCUGAUGACAUCACCCCACUUCCUGACCCUUGAACCCUAACCUCUGAGCUACCCUGAUCCUGCACUGGGGUUCAUAGUCCUCUACCUGGUAAAGAGGUCAACCAGUCAUGCCUUACACACACAUGGCCAUACCCAGCCAAGACCAAGCACUGCUGCUGCUGCUGCUGCUGCUGCUGCUGCUACUGUACAUUAUGACAUGGACAGGUAACUGCUAAAAUAAUGGAAACACUUGAGUAAAUGAGAGAUACAAUGUAUAUAUCCCUCCAAUAGAGUUCCAGACACUUAUAGAAGAUGGUGGCCCAACGCCCUAUUAAGACACUUUAUGUUGGUGUUUCCUUUAUUUUGGCAGUUACAUGUAUGUAACAUAAUGAACAAGCACAUUGUCAUUUGUAUGAUCUGAUCUGACUAUGCACAACGCUCUCCUAUCCCUGUGUUGAGACUACUUGAGGUAGAAGUUGUUCUUAACCCCAGAUCUAGGAUCAGAUUGCUCUGACCUGCUCUUAACCAUAACCAUUUAGGGGGAAGAUAAUUUAUCUGACCCCGCAUCAGUGGCUCAGGGUAGCUUUUACCUAGGCUUUGACUCAAUUAGAACCCACGUUGGCAGACAUCCUUCGUGUCCACGAUAAGCUAACGCAUGGAGCCGCUUGUGGAUUUUCAGCUCUAACGCAGUUCCACUUCAGACACCGCCGAAACAAACGAUAUGGGGAUCUAAUAGAAUCUAGUCCCUACUCUCAUAAGGUAACUUCUCCAAAGGCACUUAGGGGUUGAUGCAUGCUGAGUAGAUUUAAACAUUCCCAUAGUAUACUGUAAAAUGAUAAUAAGGGUGUGUUCAAGAUUGCAUUGUUUAAUGCAAUAAUGUUAUUAUGCAACAUUUUUUAACUGAUAAACCCCAGUUUCAAAGUGUUGCAAAAUUGAAGUAACUAAUCCUGAACACACCAAUGGUUUUACUGUAGUUUUAAUAAAGCACACAUGACGAGUAGAGUGGCACAAAUAGCCACUUCAUCAACAGAUGUUUUUGGACCUCAUUUUGGGUGGAAACAGAGAUUAAGGCAGAAAUCUAAACAGAGAUCCAGCAGCACCAAAUUGCUGAUAGAAAUGUAUUGUGUCAAGUGUGGAAUAGAGAGUCAGGGGGGCAGUUAUAUCUACACCACAGGAAACGUUUUGCCCCAGGAGCCUUGGGGAGAUGGGAGCAGGAUUGCAUGUUCCAGAGUGAACCCAUGUCCAGGCCACCCUCUCAGUCAUAGGGAGGACUCAAUUGCAUACUCCUCCCGUCCUCUCUCCUUGCCUCCUUCUAAAAACCCACUGGAGGAGAAAGUCAGAGGGGAGGGACCUUUGGCUUUUUAAUCCAAUGGGUUUUGAGAAGAGAGGACGUGAGGAGAAUGUAAUUCUCUCUAUGACUCAUUGAAUAGAACACAUCCGUCAGCCUGUCUGUCCCUGUAGCCCAGGCCACUGUGACCCGUCUGUCCCUACGACCUCAUUGGAUGAGUAAUAGCACUUCUAGUAUCCCCCCAUAAGUGGUUCUGAAGUCUUGGCACGCACCUCAAAUGGCACCCUGUUCCCUAUAUGGGUGAUUCUACAGAAGUGGUGCAAAUUGGGGGUUGGGAAAAAAAAUCACAUUUGUAUCCUAUUUUUCCUAAACUUUUAGCACACAUCUCAUAUGUCAGAUAGACAUAUAUAAUACUCACACACUGUUUGUAUUGCAAAUUUGAAGUAUUGUCCUGAAUUUCUUACCAGGCAAAAAAUGUUUCACUACCGAAACAUACUGAAAAAGUAUAAAUACAUGGAGAAACAUGCACAGCAUUGAUCAUUUGGAUUAACCUUCUAUUAAUGUUUUGCAAAAUUGUCAAAAUAAUAAAAACAUGAUUUUUAACCGGACUUUCAAAACCUUUAAAAUUAAUUUAGAGAAAUAUAAUCUCUAUUGUUCUUCUGUAAAAUGUUCAAUGUUGAUUGUAGUAUCUAAAAUGUAUUGAUUGAUUUAAUUACUUAUGUAUCUAAUUCAUUAUGUUGCUUGAUGUAUAAAUUGUAACUUUUCCUAUCUUUAUUUUAGCAAAAUAAACAGUGUCAAUGGGUAUAUAUUUUAGGUUAGACAUUACCAUUGAGGGCUUCCAUCAUUUUAAAGUAGUCAGCUGGAUGGAGAUUCCUAUGGGUUGGGAGCAUUGUCUUCUUCAAAUUGAGUUGCCUAUGGUUUGUAAACCAAAGACUAAGGUCUUGUCCGAGAGCAUGAGCCAAGACCAAGAUUUAAACCAGGACAUUGGUCCCAAGAUCCAUACCUAGGGAGUUGAGACCAUGACAAGUUAAAUACAGAAUUUAUGUGGACUUGAGUGGUCUCAAGACCAAGACCACAAGAUCAAGACUCCAUGGGCCCUUUCUUCAAUUCUAAGAGACUUGAGUGGAGUAAAGUAGAGUAUAGUUCACUGGAGUACUGUAUAGUACAGUACAGUAGAGAAGAGUACAGUACAUUACAGUACAGUACAGCACAGCACAUUAUAGACGUCUAUGUUUGGGCCAAAUAGAUGUCAAUGUUUGGGCACUUUAAGGAUUGGAGCCCUUCUGCUGGCUAUUCAUCUUAAUACACUUUUUUCCUGAAGCGUGCUCUUGACCACUACCUACAUGGUUGCUCAGGAUAUAGAGCAUGGCGCUUGCAACUUUAAAAUGGAGAUAGCCUCAAUGGCGCUGCCUGUGCUGGCACAGAUGCCAUAAUGGCGCAGAUACAAAGACAAGACCUCUAUCAAUCUCUAUGGUGUCAAUUGUUUCUGCUCUGACCGUUUUGGUUGGACAGUUUAGACCAAUUUAGACUUUUGGACAGAUGUACAUCCCACCAAACACAUAUUCUGGUCCCAAAACCAUACUUUACAUAUUUCUUGAAAUAUUAGUAGUGACACUUCUUAAAAAUACAUGAAGAUUUAUUAAACCUGCUCACAAACUUUAUCCAAAAUGUUUGCAGACAGACUACUCACUAUGUGGCCAUGCUAGAGACAGGUGCAAUCCCAUCAGCUGGAGAUAUAUGUAGGGGUGUGGCUUAAUGCAGAUUCAUUCUAGAGUCUUUUAAUGUGUGUGUUUUAUCAGUCUUUUAAUGUGUGUGUUUUAUCAGUCUUUUAACGGUAGUGACAUCAAAAGGUGGGCCAGCAUUUUUUUGAGAAGUAUGUUUUAAAAUAAACAAAUCUACUAAUUAUACCAGUAUCUUUCAAUGUAAUAAUAGAACAACUCAAGAUGUUCUGUUGAAAUAAUAAUACUAAAACUAUUUAAAAAAUCAUGAAUUGCUGUCACAGGUGUCGUAGGGUGUAGACCAAAAACGCAGCGGGAAAAUGUACACUCAUCUUCUUUUAUUAUAGUGAAGAAGGAAAACACAAACAACGUAUACAAAACAAACCAAACUUGACAGUCAUGUCAGGCAAAACAGCUAAACAAGAACAAUCUCCCACAAAAACCCAUGAAAAACAAACUCCUAAUUAUAGGACCCUCAAUCAGAGGCAACAAUAACCAGCUGCCUCCAAUUGAAGGUACAACCCCAAUUAACUAAACAUAGAAAUACAAAAGACUAGAUAGAACAUAGAAAUAUACUAACAUAGAACAAUGACUAACAAACCCCGGACUAAUAAAUCAAAUACCCCUCUACCUAAACACAUACACAAAACACACCCUGAACCACAUAAAACAAACACCCCCUGCCACGUCCUGACCAAACUACAAUAACAAAUAACCCUUAUACUGGUCAGGACGUGACAAUUGCUUUAUUUUCAAACAUGAAGUUUAGGAGUCAGGGUGUGAGACAGACAUCUCUCAAUAGAAACAGGUAUAUAAACAAUGACUUUGUACUAUAUUAAUUGAACAAUAUGUUAUUUCCUUGAAGUGAAUUAGAAUAUAUCAUGAUGUAAUGAAAUGUACUAAGUUUGGAGACUUAAAUGUUUUUCUAAAUCUUUUUUUUUCUUUAUGUGGUACAGCAAUUUACAACACUUCCGUAGAAUACCCCAAAUACUCUAUAGGGAAAAGGAUGCCAUUUGGGCUGCAGGCUUGCUCUCUGUGUAGUCACAGCCUACUGUCACAACCUACAGUCUCCUGUGGAAUGCAAGUCUACAUAUUCACCAUUGUCUGAGUUCCUGUUAUGCUCUGAAUUCUGAGUGUAAACAACCAUUGAAAACUACAGAAUACAGUAAUAAUAAUACUAUUAAAAUGGCAUUUACUGUGUAGAUGAGUUGCGUGCAAUACCCUGCUACUGAAGAAACACUUGACGUGUCUAACAGCAUGUUAUUGUCUCUGUUUUAAUGUCCUCUCAUUCAAAUCUAGAUUGUUCGAUUUGACAUGGCAAUGUGACUGAAUCAAUCUGUUAUUUUGUUUAAAAUGUGUUAUCAGAAUAUUUUGAAGAAAUAAAAAACACAUAUCAUUCCUCA